UCACAUACCUGAUCAAAAAAAACUGACAAGUCCCCAUUUGCGCCAGAAGCCUCGAGCACCACACUGUCAUAGUUCAAGCCUAGGGAGCGGAGAGUUAGAGCAAAGAAAAAAAACAGAUGGCUGCAACAUCUGGGGCUGUGCUAAACGGGUUGGGGUCUCCAUUUCUUUGUGGAGGAAAGAGGAGCCGGGCCCUGUUGGGUGCUAGAGUGACAACCCCUGCUUCUGGAACUAGGAAGUUGGUAGUUGUAGCUGCUGCUGCACCUAAAAAGUCUUGGAUCCCGGGUGUUAGAGGUGGUGGCAACUUCAUUAACCCUGAGUGGCUCGAUGGAUCCCUUCCUGGAGACUAUGGAUUUGACCCCCUUGGUCUAGGCAAGGACCCGGCAUUCCUCAGAUGGUACAGAGAAGCUGAGCUGAUUCACGGGCGCUGGGCCAUGACAGCUGUUGUGGGCAUCUUCGUAGGUCAGGCGUGGAGUGGUGUUCCCUGGUUCGAGGCCGGAGCUGAUCCAGGUGCAAUAGCCCCUUUCUCGUUCGGCUCACUCCUGGGUACCCAGCUAAUCCUUAUGGGUUGGGUGGAAAGCAAGCGCUGGGUAGACUUCUUCAACCCACAAUCUCAAUCUGUGGAAUGGGCCACUCCAUGGUCCAAGACCGCUGAGAACUUCGCCAACUCCACGGGGGAGCAGGGCUACCCUGGAGGCAAGUUCUUUGACCCAUUAUGCCUUGCAGGAACCAUCCAGAAUGGUCUCUACAUCCCUGAUUAUGACAAGCUCGAGAGACUCAAGCUCGCUGAGAUUAAGCACGCUAGAAUUGCCAUGUUGGCCAUGUUGAUUUUCUACUUUGAGGCUGGCCAAGGAAAGACACCCCUUGGUGCUCUUGGCUUGUAAAGAAAUAAAUGUCAUGCUGGUGUAGAUAAUUGAGUUAUGUUUUAAAGGAAGGACAGUCGCGCAAGAAAAAUGGAAAUGUUAUUGUUCGAACGUUGAGUUGAUGAGUUCCCCUAGUAGUUCAAAAUUCUUUCUUA